AUGGGAACCGCCGUGUCCAAAAGGAAGAAUUUAAGGAACGAUGCGAUAUCGUCUGUGGCAGCAAAAGUUAGAGCAGCGCGAGCAUUUGGAGAGUACCUGUCCCACGCACAUCCUGAAAAUCGAAACGGAUCAGCUCACCUGCUUUGUGAAACACUGGUGGAUCAAGACCCAGAGUCACCAGGUGACACCAUUUGCUCCGACAAUAACAACCACCUCCACCCCUACUCCCAUCACCACCCCAGCAGCACCACCAACACCAAUAAGAGCUCUGUGGCUGACCCAGAGCCAAGUUUAGUAAAACCUGAGCUGGGCUUGCUCCAGCCACCUCCCCCAUCUAUCACCAUUAACACCAAGCCGACCCGGCUGUCACUAGAGCGCAGUUUUUCGACGGAGGAAGACCAGCAGAAGUGUGUGGAGUGCACCCUACAACCCGCCCGUGUGUACACCAUCAACACCCAGCACGGUGUGCUGAUGAGCAGCGGUCGGGGGAGCAAAGAGAGCCUAGAAUUGGAUGUCCUGAAGGAGAGGUCGGGGAGUGGGGGGAUAGGAUCAAGAGGAGGGGGUGGCAGUGGCAGCAUUGACCCACACCUCCACACCACCCUGAUCCAACCCUCCACCUCCCCAUCCUCUAGCUCAUCCUCCCCAACCCAGUACCACCACACCAGCAGUGGUCGUGGAAGCGGCAGUGGCAGUGGCCACCACCACAGUAACCAUCACCACGGGAACCAUCACCAUGGGAACCAUCAUUCUCUAACUGCCAGUGGGUCCCACUCCCGCCAUUCCUCCCACCACCACACCCACCAACACCACCUGUCUCAAACCCCACUGCAGACCUCCGUCAGCGCCCAUAAUAUCGGCAGCUGGGGUGAAGGGGGCAAAGUGGAGUCGGAGUGCAGCAGUCUGGCUUGUGAGUCGUGCAGUGGAAUCCCCUCACGCAGCCAGGGUUCCCUCGACCUGGAGAGCUCGUCCCGCGAAGCAGGCAAGCAGUACCGACGCCUAGAGUGGGUGUGGAGGGUGGACUGGAUGACUGGGCUGGAGAGAGAGGACAGUAACUGGUUCCCCAAGGAAAACAUGUUCAGCUUUCAGACUGCAACCACAACCAUGCAAGCGAUAUCGAACUUCCGGAAGCAUCUUCGGAUGGUGGGCAGCAGGAGAAUGAAAGCACAGACAUUUGCUGAGCGUAGAUCGAAGAGUUUCAGCCGCUCCUGGAGUGACCCCACCCCUCUCAAGACUGACGAUCGCACAGACAGUGGGGACCUGCAGGCAUCCUGCGGAACGCUAGACGAGGGAGGAUGUGAUGAUGCUAUGGACUGGGAGGAGGAGAGAGAGCUGGAGAGGCUAGCCUGUGAGGGAGAUGACUUUAUACCCCCCAAAAUCAUGCUGAUAUCUUCUAAAGUCCCCAAGGCAGAGUAUGUUCCCACUAUUAUUCGGAGGGAUGACCCAUCCAUCAUCCCUAUUCUUUAUGACCAUGAACAUGCCACUUUUGAUGAUAUUCUAGAAGAGAUAGAGAAAAAGCUUACAGCUUACAGGAGAGGCAGCAAGUUUUGGAGGAUGCUCAUCUUCUGUCAGGGGGGACCAGGUCAUCUGUACCUACUGAAAAAUAAAGUGGCAACCUUUGCUAAGGUGGAGAAGGAGGAGGACAUGAGCCAGUUUUGGAGGAGGCUCAGUCGUUUCAUGAGUAAAGUCAACCCGCAACCAAACCUCAUUCACAUCAUGGGAUGCUACGUCUUAGGCAACCCCAAUGGAGAGAAGCUGUUCCAGAAACUGAAGAACCUGAUGAGGCCUUAUUCCGUGGAGUUUGAGUCCCCACUGGAGCUGUCCUCACAGGGCAAAGAAAUGAUCGAGAUGUACUUUGACUUCCGUCUCUACCGCCUUUGGAAGACUCGCCAGCACUCCAAACUUUUAGACUAUGAGGAUCUGUUGUGA